AAAAUAUUCAGGUUAAGUUGCAGAUUAGUAAGGCUAAUUAAAACCUUCAUAAAGCUGGAUGACUCUCUAAUCCUGAUCGUCCACAACGUAUCGCAAGUGUCCGUUCUCCAUGUGGCCGCCGUUACGUGAAUUAUUACUACUAUGCAAAUUAAAGCGUGCCUGCAGAUUGAUAGAUCUCAUAACACCUAUCAGAUUCCACCGACAUCAUGAGAUGUUGUUUCACUCACCAAUCACAACACUUAAAUAUUCCACAAAUGGACGAUGAAAUUAUGAUUAUUAUAACCAACCAGUCAUAAGAAUACGACAUUAAAUAUGAUUGCUUGUUAUGGUAUAUAUAAGGAUGAGGAAAGUCAGUUACCCCGAGAAGAUGGUCUACUCUGCAUACAGUCACAUAACUGUCAUCACUCUGUUGGCAUUUGCUGCCAUAAACGGAGAGCAAGGAGAACAGGAGGAUGAUACUUUAUCUAUGGAAAGCCUUGCCGAUGCUGAAAAUAAAACAUUAGAAAUAAUUCCGCAUCUGGAAUCAGCCGAAGAUGCUACACGAGGAAUGAAAGAAUUGCUUCACAGAUUAAAUCCAAACUCACGAGUUGAAUUAGACAACCAUAUUGAUUGCCUGGAAGCUGCACACACAUACAACUGGGGAGUGAUAGUAUUCGACAGUCUUGUAAAACGUCUCCUCCGUUACCGUGAUGUGAAUCUAGCUGAUGUAGUGAAUUGUUGCAAAGAAGAGGCCUCUGCAUAUCGUGAAAAAGUGAAGGAAUUCCCUUUGAAGAACUGUUUCGAAAACCUGCCUUCAGCGAGUCGCCAAAGUAUAAAUUUGCUGUUCAUUUACAUUCAUGUUGAAAUAAAUAACAUUUUCACAUACAUUUACGAUGAUGGUAUAUUUUCAUCUAUCACAAUACCUUCAUCAUGAUUUGAUUUCAUGAACGUCCACUUCUUAUACGGUAUUCUGUGAUGAGCAUUUUCAAAGAGUUAAAAAUUUAUGUCUGAAGGAGGAUGAACAAGUCCAGUGUUUAGAAUGUUGUCAGUCGUCUACAAAUGGAAUUGUGCAGAUGGUGUGAUUGCGAGUAGAAGCACACACUAGAAGACAAUUUGUUAACUGUGAAAUUGAAUGAGUACUGACAUAGUGACUUGAUGACAGCAGUUUGGACAAUGUGAGAAGACAUCAUGCAAGUAGAUGAGUUUGUGGAGUAGUCAACUGAUUGAAUCUCUGUGCCGAUCAGUUUUUUUGGCGUCAGGUAAUGCCACGUAGUUUGAAUUUGAAUGCCAAUGAAUUACUCUGUGAAAUGCAUGCUGAUAGAUAUCAGUUUAUGAAUUAUUUCAGAUCUGGAUGUACUGAAUUCAGCA